UACGGGAGGGAGGUGAAGGGAGACGGGGCCGGGUCGGCCGUGGCGCUCCGGGGGCUGCUCUCUGCGUCGGGCGGGGGUCGGUCCCCGGGCAGCCCUUCCCCGGAGCCGGGAGCAGGACCGGGAGCAGGCGCUUCAGGGCGCCCCGAGGCGAAGGCCCGGGUGUAGCGGCGCUUCCUGCCCGCCCGGGGAGGCCUCACCCCAGGCCCGGGGGACCCCAGGGCCGGAGCCCCGCUGGGCCCAGGAAGGAGUGACUGGGGAGGCCCAUCAGGCUAUGUCAGGAGCCCAGGCCCUCAGGAUAGGGCAGGUCCAUGGUCACACCAUGGAAAGUCAGCCCACGGUUGUUUGUCAAGAUCUGGGCCAGCGAGGGCAGCUGGGAUAAGACACAGCCCCGUGAUCAGCAGGCAGGGCCACGGUUCUUGGGGCGACAGCGUUGCUGAUGGAGACCGGCACUCCGGCAGCCCUGCUGCGGCUGGUCCUGGGCCGAGCUUAAACACACUCGGGGGAGCCCCAGGCUUGGCUGAUUGGGACCAUCAGGGCCCUGACAGCAGCCUACCCCCUCUGUCCUCACUCCCUAGAGAGAGCUCUAGACCAUUAACAAGACCCCUGGGACCUGCUCCAACUACGUGACUCUCCAAGGACAUCACCCUGUUUUGGGCAUGUUCUCAGAGCUGAAGUUCCCUGUGCCCUGGGGACAUGUGGCAGCCAAGGCCUGGGGACCCUCAGAGGGGCACCCUGUGCUGUGUUUGCAUGGCUGGUUGGACAAUGCCAACACCUUUGACAAGCUCAUUCCAUUGCUCCCCAGAGGUUGUUAUUAUGUGGCAAUGGAUUUUUCUGGCCAUGGUUUGUCAUCCCACCGACCCGCAGGCUGCCCCUACCAUUUCCUAGAUUAUGUGACGGAUGUGCGCCGGGUGGCAGCAGCCUUGCAGUGGAGACGGUUCACCCUGAUGGGUCACAGUAUGGGUGGGGCUGUGGCAGGAAUGUUCUGUUUCCUUUAUCCUGAGAUGGUGGACAAGCUGAUCCUGCUGGAAAGUCUUGGCUUUCUUCUAGCUCCAGAGGACACUGAGGAAUGGCUGAAAUCAAAACGGAAGGUGAUUGACGGACUACUGAGUCUGGAAGCAAAGCCGCAAACUCCCAAAGCACGGAGCCCCGAAGCAGCAUUGCAGAGGCUUUUAGAAGCAAACAGCCAUCUGACAGCAGAGGGUGGGGCAAUCCUGCUGCAGCGAGGAGCAACUGAGACACCCGCUGGCCUGGUGUAUAACAGAGACAUGAGAGCCCGUACGCAGAGUCGAGAGUUCUUCACAGUGGAGCAGUGUGUGAAGCUCCUGCAGAAGAUCCAGGACCGUGUUCUCAUCAUCAUAUCACAAGAUGGACUCUUGGUACCACACAACCUACCCAGCAGAAAUCACUUUGUGAAAGCUCUGCAGGAGGCAUUUGAGUCUGCCCUCAAAGAGCACAUCCAGUUAGCAGAAGUGCCUGGGAGUCAUUUUGUGCACCUGAACGAGCCCAAGAUGGUAUCUGGGAUCAUCAGCAACUUCCUGACAUCACAUAACACCAGGGCCAGACUUUAGGAAGCCCUCACAACUGCAGCAGUCCAGGAGAACUGGGAGCUAACAAGCAAGCUCCAGAUUUAUCAUCAUUCCUACCUCGGAUCCAACAUCAGAUUGUGAUAAUCUUUCCUAUGCUUAGCUCACUGCAGGGUGGAAGCAGGUCUGACAGGGGUUCUCUGAAGGAGAGCAGAGCAAAGUACCUCAUUUGCCAAAGGGAGAAGGAAUCCUUGCUCUACUUCCAGCUCUGUGAGUACAGGGAUAGAGGCCCGGAGUGGCCUUCCCCUUGGCUUACUCCAAACUUGCACCCUGAAAUGGAGCAAACACAGGCAGAGGCAUCCUCUGUGACAGCAGCAGCAGCUUUGGCACUGCAAGAGAGGUGACUCAUCUUGCCUCCUCCCUGUGGAUGGUGCAGACAGGCUGCUCCUAGGAUUUAACCUGCUGAAAAACAAGGAAAGUGUUCUGCUUCUCUUCUUACUUCCAUAGAUGCAUGAGCUCAGAGGGCCUCAGUGUCUCUGUUCCACUGUGAGAGCUACUUUUUUUUUAAGAAUCAGCUUUAAUAAGAGCUCACCUGUGCAGAGAAGGCCAUUUUAAUGAACACUAGAGAAUGUCCCUAAUCCUCUAGCUGAAGCAGCUGGGAGAACUACAAAUUAUGGAAAAGUUGGCAGAGAUGAUUUCUGUCCUAAAUAAAGGUUAAUGUUCUAAUGUUAAGUCUGUCUUCUUGACACUACAGAAGAACAAACCUCCUUUCAGGCCAUUCACCCAAGCAGCUAAAAUGCAUCUUGGGAGGCAGCAAUUUUUACACACUGUGUGCCUUAGGUAAGCCAUACCAAGGAUCUGCCUCCCAGUUACAUUGAUGCAAACAGCUCACUGAAGCAGCCAGGCCUGUCAUCUCUGCAAGCAAUGCAAACUGUAUGUGCAGUUGGUUUUUUAGGAGAGGGUAAAUCCAUUUUAUCUCAACUCUCUGGAAUUUACCACCACUUCCGCCUUACAUUCACGGUCACAUCUCUAACGACGUUGUAGGUAGUAAAAUAAAAGUUUAAAAGCCUGGGGCUGGGUGGGUUACUUUGUUCACAGAGUUACCACUUACUUCCAGAGGUGCACAAAUGCUACAGGAGCAGUACAAAAGCACUGCCCCACACCUAAACAUGCCUGCUGCCAUCCUUACCUGCCUUCUGUGGGCUGGGGACAGGUUAAGUGGAAACAGGGCGUGGAGAGUCUAGUUUCUCUUUCCAAACCAGGUUGCUCAAAGUGGCAUUUGUUCUUGCAACAGUUCUGGGUAUCAGGAAUUUCCCAUGGCCUAGACAUAGCUGCAAACUCCAUGCACACAGCUGGAUGACUGGGCACCACAAUACUUGGCCAGGGAGGGAAUCACCAAGAUAAGGGGUAGAGCUCUGUACCAAACCACUGAUCUUUCCUUGUGACAACAGGUCGAAGUUAGUUUUUUCCUAAAGUUGC